AUGCAACCUGUUUGCUUUGCUCCCAAUGGCCAUCCGGACGGUGUACACGAUGACUUUGAGACCUAUCCCUUCGCCCCUUCGAGCAAUAUUUGGGUAGGCUAUCUUGACCAGCCCACGAAGGCUUACCGUCACUUUAUUCGCCUCGAAGAUCUUGUCGACAAGGCUCAGGAAAACUACGAGAAUGGUCACAANGAGCAGAUUUCUCUCUAUGUGGCCACCUUCGAUGGCCGCGACGGGCGUUAUGUCCCGCUCAAUGAAGAUCUGAUGUUCGGUACUCAGUGUUCUGCCUGCAAAGAUAAGGAAAACAGUAAUCGUGUGUUGAUGCAGUACUUUCCCAUCAAAGUCUGGAACUAUGCUCGUAACGGACCAGUCAACAUCUUCGUAAGUACAAACUACUCAUGGGCUGCUCAAACUAAUGUCGGCUGUCUANNGCUCUGCGCUCUAGUCUUCAAGAUCAAAGGUCAGAACAUGCUCGCGCUCCUGAGACACAAGUCUCAUGGCAAGUAUGGCUUCCAGCAAACCACUGGUGAGGUCUCGAAGACCAUGACUGUUGAGUUUGCUGAGCCGAGAUCCAACUCUGUCGAUGAGGGAGACGCAUUCAUAGAUGAGGCCCUCAGCCACAAUAAGGCAUGUUAA